AUUAGGCAUUUUGUAGGCAUAAAAGUCGAUCGCCAACUCAUUACCGCAUUGGUGGAGAGAUUGAGAAAGGAGACACAUUGUUUCAACUUUCGCCAAGGAGAGUGCACCAUCACACUCAAGGACAUAGCCAUCCUAACUCAUCUGCCUAUCGACGGCAAAGCGGUGUGGGUGAGUGAUCAUCCCCCCGAGGAUCGUGUGACGGUAUGA